AUGCCACUACGAGAUCUAAUCUCUUGGACGGCCAUGUUCAACGCGUAUGUGCAGAACGGGACUGUUGAAAUGGCGAGAAUUUUUGUUGAUCUCAUGCCGGAAUGGGAUCUCGUAUCGUGGACAGCAGUGCUCACUGCGUAUGUGAAGAGAGGAAACUUUUCCGAAGCCAAGCAAACUUUUGAUCAGAUGCCGUUUAGAAACUUGGUGUCACGGACGUGCUUGCUGGACGCAUUUUUACAGGUCAAAGACUUACAAGCUGUUAAAGAAACGUUCAGAGCAACGAUCUUCGGGCAUCUGGAUGACGCAAAGAAUAUCUUUGAAAUGAUGCCACAAAAGACAAUAGAGGCGGCAAAUGUAAUGCUGUCAGCUCUUGCACAAAAUAAGUACCUGUCGGAAUUUAGAGAACUUUUUGUAAAGAUGCCACAGCAUAGUACAAUGUCGUGGAAUGCUCUUUUGUCAGCAAAUGCACUGAACGGGCACUUGGAGGAAACAAGAAGGGUUUUCGACAUGAUGCCUGAAAAGGAUCGGAUUUCCUGGAAUACAAUACUCUCAAUAGAGGCCCAGAAAGGGAUGAUAAGUAGAGCCAAGGAAAUCUUCCAGUACGAAAUGCCAGAGUGGGAUGUUGUGUCUAGCACUGUAAUGAUCUCGACUUUUUCCAAAAGCGGCAAGUUUGAAGAGGCUAAGCAGCUUUUCGACACAAUGCCAUUUCAGGAUUCAGUCUCUUCAACAGCCAUGGUUCUCAACUUUGGCCAAAAUGGGCAAGUGGAAGAUGCUAAGGGCUUGUUUGAAAGAAUCUCUCCGUAA